AUGCGGUACUUACUUCUUGUACACUGCUCCACAUUCACUCCAUUGUACGGCCGUUACGAGUCAAUUUCUUCUCGCCUUAUGCAGGUACAGCUCAUUUAUUCCAGGCAACGGCCGGCCGGGCACGUGGAUCCCCCAACUCAAGAGGGUUUCGAAACGGAGCGACCAGAGCUCAUGGAUAUGUUGUUGAAGAGACUCGGAGAAGCUGAAUUUACAUGCCAAGUAAGAAUUUGGCUCGUGGUUUCUAUUGAUGACAGCAGAAAAUCAGGAGAUCGAACAAGUCGACCAUUGCCGCGCGCCUCGGCUCAUCUCCAAUACCCGCCUGCCUCACAUGCCGAAAAGUACACCGCCAUGAAACCGUUCGACCGACGAACUAACGGACCCACGGGACAAAAGAGUUGGUGCACUCGAUCGACUCUGGAUACCUGCAUUGGCUGGUAUUACGUGGAUAACUCGUCAAUUUUCCCCAACACAGCAGCAAUUCAUAGUUGGCCAGUCAGCAUGUUCAGCAGAAGCCUUAGCUGCCGCCUGUUGCUGCGGGCUCAAACUCGGUUGCCCUACGCAAGGAGCCGUGUGGCUGUCGUCCCGCCCGCCCCCGCAUCCCGUUUUAUUACGCAGCGUAGCGCCACUGGUAAUUACGGCUGCAACAGGUCCUAUUCGCAGCCUGCAGCUCAGACCCAGGCGGCGGCGGCGGGAGCAGCAGCAGCAUCAGGGACCCCUGAGCACCACCAUGCCGCCCCCGGGCCUCUCGCUGCGGCGUGGGACAGCGGCUCGCGCACGCUGGCCGUUCGCUUCAACGACGGGUUGGAAACGCCCCUGUCGAAGCUGUGGCUGCGCGACUCGUGCCGCUGCAGCGCCUGCGUCGAUUCGUCGUCUGGCCAAAAGAACUUUGAGACGUGCGACGUGCCGUCGUCGCUCAGAGUCCGCAAGGUCGGCGUCGCGGCGGAUGGGGAGAGCGUUCAGGUGGUCUGGGGAGACGACUUCUUGACGGGAGGGCAGCAGAGCCAUGCGUCGGUGUACCCGGCGUCUUUUAUCCAGUCCGCCCUCGAUAGGCCAAAGCCAAAGGAUGACGUGGUGCGGCAUACCACGUGGGACAAGGCAUCUUUUGAGAAACAGGUGCGCUUCAUCCCCUACUCCGAAUGGAUCAAGGGAGAAGGCGAGGUGUUUUGGCGUGGCUUCCUCGACCUGGCAAGGCUAGGUCUUGUGUUUAUCAAGGACGUCCCCGAGUCCGAAACCGCGGUCGAGGAGAUGGCUUGCGCCGUUGGCCAUGCUCAAACUACAUUUUAUGGUAAGACGUGGGAUGUGGUAUCCAAGCCGCAAGCCGAGAACGUCGCCUACACGAAUGUGUUUUUGUGCCUGCACCAGGACCUAUUGUACAUGCAAGACCCUCCGAGGCUGCAGUUGCUGCAUUGUCUGGCAAACAGCUGCGAAGGCGGAGAGUCGCUAUUCAGUGAUGGCAUCAGAGCGGCGGAGCAGGUCCGCAGUAAAAACCCCAAACAGUUUGAGCUGCUGAAGAACAAGCCUGUGUACUACCACUACGACAAGAACGGCCACUGGUACGAGUACAACCGACCGGUGGUGACGCUCAGCAAGGACGGCAGCGGAGCCAUUGACUCGAUCGGCUGGUCGCCUCCCUUCCAGGACAACUUCCCAGCGCCCCAGGGCCUGUCGGCUUCCAUCAACAGCCAGGACGCGCUCGAGGAGUGGCGGGCGGCGGCCCGGAGCUUCCGGGACUCGUCGACGGCGCCAGAGAGCAUGUUUGAGUACAAGAUGAAACCGGGCGAGUGCGCCAUCUUUGACAACAUGAGGAUCCUGCACGGGAGGCGGCAGUUCCAGCUGACGUCGGGCAAGCGAUGGCUCAAGGGCACAUACGUAGGUGAGCAGGUGCUGCGGAGCAAACUGGCACAGACGCCGCCGCACUUGCGGCCUGAGUGA